GAGCAGUCGUUGUCAACGUUUUGUUACUGCCACACUGUAAACGUGUAUUUAUUUCCAUUCAAGCCAACUAGUGUUACAAAAUUUACCUCCGUGGGACAAAAUUUUCACCCAAGUACAGGACAGCUGAAUUCUUUUCCAAAUUCGAUGUGGGUUGUGUGGGACUGCGCAGCCCGAGGAUACUGAAAUACGCUUUAGGCCUUUUAUUGUCUUCAGAGAAUGGCUGCUGAAUGGCCUGAUACAGAAUUACCUUUAAAAGGGCUGAAAUGAGUGAUCAGUCCAGACCCACGUGGAGCUUCUUCCUCAAGAUUAAUAAACUCCCAUAAUUGUGAGCCGUUAUCUGCUGCUGCUUUUCGUCAAGGAGGUCCUAUCGCCUGGCCUUGCUUUGCAUCGCGUCCUGUUCUCGAUAUCCUCCAAAUGGAUUUAAGGACUCAAAACGACCUCAGCGAGCUGCCAAAGAAAAAAAAAAAUCCUCUUUUACUCAAAGCUAGAACAAAUUUACCUGCAGGAUCAAGGACCAAGCCAGGGAAGCUAUCUGAAUAUGCACUGCAGACACUUAUUGGACAGUUUAUCCCAGAGUUAGGCCUGGAUCUAUAUAUUUAGACUGGAACCAGACAUGGUAUACAAACACCCCCAGAUUGACCUGGUGCUUCGAGAACACAGUCAUUCCUUGGAUCCCCUGUGCCUAUCUUUGGAUCUGUUUUCCAUUCUACUACUUGUAUCUUCGACACAAAAACAAAGGCUACAUUAGGAUGUCCCACAUCUUCAAAACUAAAAUGGUCCUUGGAUUCAUUCUUGUAAUACUGUGCUUUUCUGAUAUCUUCUUCAUGCUGUGGAAAAUAAGCCAAGGAAUCUCAUGGGCUCCGGCAAUCUUCAUUAGUCCUGCAGUGCUGGGGAUUACAAUGAUGCUUGCAAUGUUCCUUACCCAGGCGGAAAGAAUGGUGGGCACCCAGUCUUCAGGCAUCUUGCUGAUUUACUGGCUGCUCACGUUCCUGUCUGCAGCUGUGAUGCUUAGUUCCAAAAUCCAACAUGCUCUAGAAAGAGGCUUCCUGGAAGACCCUUUCCACCAUGUUACAACUUACCUUUAUGUUAGCCUGGUGCUAGGACAACUUGUGUUGUUCUGCUUAGCUGAUCACCCUCCCUUCUUCUCCAAAACUGUCAACAACCCUAAUCAGUGUCCAGAAGCCAACGCCUCUUUUCUUUCCAAAAUCACAUACUGGUGGUUCUCUGGGCUUGUCUGCAAAGGCUAUCGGCAGUCCUUGGGGGUGGAUGACCUGUGGUCAAUGAGGGAAGAGAACUCCUCAGAAGCAAUCGUUGCCCAGAUUGAAAGAGAAUGGAAAAAGUAUCGUAGCGGAACCGAGCAAAAAAUGGAGUCCAUUACAUUUAAAAAGGGUCAGAAGAGUGAAACUGGCUUAGCAGAAACUGAAGAGACCCAGAUUCUACUGCAAUCACAGCAGAGUCAGAGUGGGCCCUUACUGAAAGCAUUCUGGAGCAUGUUUGGAACCUAUUUCCUUCUUGGCACCCUCAGCUUAGUUAUCUGUGAUGUCUUCUUGUUCUCCAUCCCAAAGUUACUGAGCCUUUUCCUGGAGUUCAUUGAAGACCAAGAGGCCCCUAACUGGCAUGGUUAUUUCUAUGCCUUCACUAUGUUCCUAUUAACUUGUCUCCAGACUCUCUUUGAACAGCGAUAUAUGUACAUGUGUCUUGUUCUGGGACUGAGACUGAAAACCGCAGUAACAGGGCUUGUGUACAGGAAGAUUCUAGUAAUGUCAAACGCAUCAAGGAAAGCAGCAACAGUAGGUGAAAUUGUUAAUCUGGUAUCUGUUGAUGUCCAAAAGCUAAUGGAUCUUGUUAUCUAUUUUAAUGGGACCUGGCUUGCUCCUAUUCGGAUUAUCAUCUGCUUCGUCUUCUUGUGGCAGCUUCUUGGGCCAUCUGCCUUGACUUCGAUUGCUGUAUUUCUUCUUCUCUUGCCACUGAAUUUUGUGAUCACAAAGAAAAGGAGUCAAUUUCAGGAGGCCCAGAUGAAAUAUAAAGAUGAGCGAGCCAAACUCACCAAUGCCAUUCUCAGCGACAUUAAAGUAAUCAAACUCUAUGGCUGGGAGAACAUCUUCAUGGAGAAAGUGCUUGAUAUCCGGAAGCAAGAACUUCAGGCCCUAAAAAGAUCUCAGAUUCUCCUCUCAGCAUCUCUAGCUUCCUUCCAUUCAUCAACUUUCCUGAUUGCAUUUGUCAUGUUUGCUGUCUACACCCUGGCAGAUAACACACACAUCCUGGAUGCUCAGAAGGCUUUUGUAUCUUUAACACUGAUCAACAUCCUCAACACUGCACACUCCUUCCUGCCGUUCUCCAUAAAUGCUGCAGUUCAGGCCAAAGUUUCUUUAAAUCGCUUAGCAGCUUUUCUGAAUCUGGAAGAACUGAAUCCUGAGAGUUCAAGCAGAAACACUUCGGACUGUGUACAGGCAAGCAUCACCAUAAGGAAUGGAACUUUCAGCUGGAGCAAGGAAACUUCUCCUUGUCUUAGAAGGAUAGAUCUCACUGUGCCCCAAGGCUGCCUGCUUGCUGUAGUUGGCCAGGUGGGUGCUGGAAAAUCCUCCUUGCUGUCAGCAUUACUUGGUGAGAUGGAAAAUACAGAUGGCUACGUGACCAUGAAGGGCACAGUCGCUUAUGUCCCUCAGCAAGCUUGGAUACAAAAUGCUUCAGUGGAAGAUAAUAUUCUCUUUGGGAAAGAGAUGGAUGAAAUAUGGUUCGACAGAGUGAUUGAUGCUUGUGCACUUCAAGCUGAUUUGGAGAGCUUCCCUGCAGGGCGGAAAAGUGAAAUAGGAGAGAAGGGGAUUAAUAUAUCUGGAGGGCAGAAACAAAGAGUGAACCUCGCUCGUGCCAUAUACCAGAAGGCUUCCAUUUACCUAUUGGAUGACCCUCUCUCAGCUGUUGACGCCCAUGUUAGACAGCACAUUUUUGAACGUGUUCUUGGACCCAAUGGCCUACUAAAGGACAAGACCCGUGUGCUGGUGACUCACACAAUCAACAUUUUGCCCCAAGUGGAUAGCAUUGUUGUGCUGGUGGAUGGAACGAUCUCAGAAGUUGGUUCUUACCAAGAACUUCUACAGAGAAAUGGGGCUUUUGCAGAAUUUCUUCAUUCACACAUCACUGCAGAAGAGAAAGCAGGCUCUGGUUUAUCAGCUAUAGGAGACACCAAAGGAACCAUCACCUCUAGGGAUGAUCCAUUGCGGGAGAAGCUCUGUAGUGGCAGUUCAGACAAGUCUUCUGCUAUGGAAAGGGAGUCCAUUCCUGUAAGUCAAGACGGUGCCGCUGCUGCAGCUGCCAAAGGAAGAUUAACCAAGGGAGAGAAAGCUCAACAUGGCAGGGUUAAUAUUUCAAUUUAUGUGGCCUACCUGAGGGCGACAGGUUCCUUGCUGUGUUUGUACAUCGUUCUGUUGUUCACAUGUCAGCAAACUGUGUCAUUUUCUCGUGGUUAUUGGCUCAGCAUGUGGACAGACGACGUCGCUCACAAUGGAACACAGCAGCACACAGAGCUCAGGGUUGGAGUCUUUGGUGCACUAGGAGUCAUUCAAGCCCUUGGCAGAUUUGUCUCCACAGCAGCAGUUCUUCUAGGUGGCGCGUUAGCAUCGCACAAGCUGUUUCUGCAAUUGCUGAGGAGCGUCGCUAGAUCCCCAAUGAUCUUCUUUGAGCAGACGCCCAUUGGAAACUUGCUGAACCGCUUCUCCAAAGAAAUCGACGCUAUUGAUUCUGUCAUCCCAGACAAGCUGAAGUCCUUGCUUGGAUUCUUGUUCAACUUGCUGGAGAUCUACCUUGUGAUUAUAGUGGCUACACCACUGGCAGCAAUAGCUAUAGUGCCCUUGACCGUGCUGUAUGCUGUAUUCCAGCACUUCUACGUCAUCACCUCCUGCCAGCUGAGACGCCUGGAGGCUGCCAGCCGGUCACCCAUCUAUUCCCACUUUUCAGAAACCUUUCAAGGGAGCAGCGUGAUCCGUGCUUAUAAGGACCAGGAGAGAUUUAUUUUGAAAAGCAAUUUCCGAGUGGAUGAGAAUCAGAGAACGUGCCUCCCUGGAGCUGUUGCUGACAGGUGGCUUGCUACAAACCUGGAAUUUCUAGGCAAUGGCAUUGUGCUGUUUGCAGCACUAUUUGCAGCAAUUGGCAGAACACGUCUUAGUCCAGGAACUGCUGGUUUUUCUAUUUCAUACGCUCUUCAGAUAACUGGUGUUUUGAAUUGGAUGGUGCGCUCCUGGACAGAAAUAGAAAACAACAUUGUUUCUGUGGAGAGAGUGAGGGAAUACUUGAGGACUCCUAAAGAGGCACCCUGGAGUCUGAAUGGCAAACCUCAAGAUCAGGUUUGGCUCACUGAAGGAAGAAUUGAAUUCAGAAACUAUAGUUUGCGAUACAGGCCAAAUUUGGAGUUAGCACUGAAGCAUGUCAGUGUAACAAUCAAUGGGCAAGAGAAGAUUGGUAUAACUGGGAGAACUGGAGCUGGCAAGUCUACUCUUGCUGUUGGAUUGCUGCGAUUAGUGGAAGCUGCAGAAGGAGAGAUCCUAAUUGAUGGGCUAGAUAUUGCUCGAGUAGGUCUCCAUGACCUUAGAACCAAGAUAACUGUGAUCCCCCAGGAUCCAGUUUUGUUUUCUGGCUCUCUAAGAACAAAUCUUGACCCACUAAACCAAUACACUGAUGCAGACAUCUGGACAGCUUUGGAAUUGACUCAGCUUAAGAACUUCAUUGCGGAUUUGCCAGAUCAAUUGGAAUAUAAAUGCGCUGACCAAGGGGAAAACCUAAGCACUGGUCAGAAGCAGCUGGUUUGCCUGGCCAGAGCACUUCUCCAGAAAGCAAAAAUCCUGGUUCUAGAUGAGGCCACAUCAGCUGUAGAUCUAGAAACUGAUCUUCAAAUUCAGUCCACCCUGAGGACUCAGUUCAAAGAGAGCACAGUGUUAACUAUAGCUCACCGCAUAAACACCAUCAUGGACUGCGACAGGAUUUUAGUCUUGGAAAAUGGUCAGAUAGCGGAAUUUGAUACUCCGGAAAAAUUAAUAGCUCAAAAGGGAGCAUUCUACAGACUGGUGGAAGAAUCGGGCCUUGCCUGACUCACCUACGGAGCAUAUCGUGAUAUCACUGUUACCAGGAAUAAUUGAUCUCUUAAUUGAGCUGUUACCUUUGUUUCAUUCUAAAACGCCCGAUACUCAACCAAAUUGCGCUUGAGCCAUAGCUGCAUGGGGUAGAUGAAAGGAGAUGACUUGGGACACACAUACUGUUUCCUUAGGAAACCUAGAGAUUCCAUAUUCAUUAUCUUUCCAGAUACCAAAAAUUCACUCUUCUGUUGAAAAUGAGCCAGUCAGAACCUUGAACUUAAAUGCAUGGAUGCCUUGCUGCUUUUAUGUUAAAAAAACAAAACAAGAACAAAAAACUCCACGCAUCUAUCUGAUUUCUACUAUAAAUGGAGCCCAACUACACUACCAUACUUCAGGAUUAUACAGAAUAUUUAUAAGUGCCAAAGAGGUUUUAUGGACAAUGAACAAGAAAUUAAUUAGUAAGAAGCAAACUUAACUGUUUACAGCUUGCCCUAAAUUCGAGGGAGAACACAUUCAGUCUUUUGCGAAUGUCUUACAAACAGUGCUCAGGUGAGCAGUCUUUACGCAGAUAAGAUGGAGUGCAAGGCAGCAGCGGUAUCUAGUCAUCCAAAGCACAGAAGCUCUGGGGGAGCAGGGAAAAGCAAGUGCGAUGCCAGUAAGCAUGAGCACGUAGGGACUCUGUUGCCUGUGGGCUGCCUGUCACAGCUGGCAAUGAACCCAUCUCAUCUCCAUCAGCUUUGGACAGGCCCUGCGCGAACCAUGCCGUGCGGAAGGCUGACAAACUGCUUGGGAGGAAGAGAGCCAGCGUAGACAUUGGCUUAUUGUCGCAGGAGGAAAUAACUUGAGCCAGGCAUGUAUGUGCAGCUGGACAUUGUUCAUCCUGCUGGAGCACUUGGAGCAGUGAAGGCUGCUGUGAAGGCCACGUGGUCACACCAUGGUCACAGCCCACCUGGUCUGAACUCCAGCACCCAGCAUUUCCAAACCGAUUUUGUCGCAAGGAAUUUGCCUGGUGGAAAGCACCCUCCCGUGAUCCAGCGUACCUCCUGCAGCAUGACAGCUCAGCAGAUGGUGAAGUAGCAGGACUCACCCGGUUCGUUCCCAGCUUUCUCCUUGAACUGCUGCGUAACGUCAGGCAAGGUACGGACCUCGUCACACUCGUUUCCCCUCCCAAAUUUUCUCUUGUCAGCAGAGAGCACAAAUCUACCUUGUUUACACGCUGCCCUGGCACAGCAGAGCCUCUGACUUGGUGCAGGUAACAAACUGAAAAGGCCCCCUAAAGCAAAGCCUCUGCACAGCACUGGGAAUCUGCCCUCAGAGCUGUCCCGACGUCCCACCUCAGAAACGCAACAAGAAAACGCGACAAACGAAUCACACUGCGAGACACUGACGUUAAUCGUGACUUGUGUUACAGCACUUCAUUUUCUGGGUGGCUGAAAUUAAAGCAGAAUAAAGUAUUAAAAUAGCUCUC